UUUUAAGCUGUGUCUAUGCGUAUCUUUCCCGACUUUUGGUACUUUUCUAUGGGGCAAAUACCUUUGAAAAGGAAGAAACAUUGACAAGGACCAGGAUUUCAAAGGCCAACCGAGAAUAAAUCGCUGGAUCGCUCAUCGCCAUGAAUCGACAAAACGCAAAUCAUUUGCAUGGCAUGAAUGAGGGUCAACUGGAACUGGUACCAAUACAAAUGAUGGACGCAGAUUUUCAGGGGGAUGAAUUAGAUAAUGGCCCCGCCCAGAAGAUCUCGUCGAAAUCCCUAACACCCAUUGUCAGCGAUCAGGCUCUCAACGUGCUCAACGAGCUGCGCAUCGCGAAUCUUCUCUGCGAUGCACAGAUCUCGGUGGGUGAACAAUCCUUCAAUGUCCAUCGUGCCAUUAUGUGCUCCUGUAGUUCCUAUUUUCGCGUACAAUUUACGGGCUUCAACAAUCGAGCCGAGGCGGGAGCUGAUGAGAGUCGCGUGGUACACAUACCGGGCAUUAGUGCGUCCAUCAUGAACUGUGUGAUUGAGUAUGCAUAUCUGCGGCGGACCAACAUCACCGAUGACAAUGUGCACGAGCUGCUCAUCUGUGCCGACUAUGUGGGAAUGGUGGGGCUGGUCAAGCAGUGCAAGGACUAUCUCGGACGGACACUUAGCCCGGAAAACUGUGUCAGCAUAAUGGGCUUUGCGCGCUUUCGGUUUCUCGAGGACUUGCAUCAGAAGGCACGGAAUUACACGCUGAGAUACUUUACGGAUGUGGCCGCCCGCAAUACGGAUAUACUGGACAUGAAUGUCAACGACUUUUACAGCAUUAUUAGCGAUGAUGAGCUAAACACACGAGAGGAGGAUUACGUAUGGAAGCUGUGCGUCAAAUGGAUUGACCGAGAUCCGGACAAUCGCAAACAGCAUGUGGCCCAUCUAAUGACGGGAGUGCGCCUUGGCCUGAUGACACCCAAGUGCUUCAUGGAGGAGGUCAAGGAGCAUCCGUAUGUUAUGCAAUGCGAGACCGCCAAGCCGUUGAUAGUCGAUACCUUUAAAUUCAUGUAUGAUCUGGACUUCCUUAACCCACAAGCCGAAGAGCUAACGACGCCACCGCUGGCUAUGCCCCGGCUGCCGCAUGAGGUAAUCUUCGCCAUUGGUGGCUGGAGUGGUGGCACAUCCAAGGGCUGCAUCGAGACCUAUGAUACGCGAGCCGAUCGCUGGGUGACAAUCAAUGCGGAAGAUCCGGCCGGACCGAGAGCCUACCAUGGCACCGCUGUGCUUGGCUUCAAAAUCUUUAGUAUUGGUGGCUACGAUGGCGUCGAAUAUUUCAACACCUGUCGUGUCUUCGAUGCGGUCCAGAAGCGUUGGAACGAGAUUGCUCCUAUGCACUGCCGGCGCUGCUAUGUGAGUGUGGCGGAGCUAAAUGGCAUGAUCUAUGCGAUUGGUGGCUAUGAUGGACACAAUCGCCUCAAUACCGUUGAGCGCUACAAUCCCUCAACGAAUCAGUGGUCCAUUAUUUCGCCCAUGAAUAUGCAACGCUCGGAUGCAAGCGCCUGUACCCUGAAUGGACGGAUCUAUGCGACGGGAGGAUUCAAUGGUCAAGAGUGCUUGGACAGCGCCGAAUACUAUGAUCCGUUGACCAAUCUGUGGACACGUAUACCAAACAUGAAUCAUCGUCGCUCCGGUGUCAGCUGUGUGGCAUUCCGGGAUCAGCUCUAUGUGAUUGGCGGCUUUAAUGGCACAUCGCGACUAUCGACGGGCGAACGAUUCGAUCCCGAGACGCAAUCGUGGCACUUUAUACGCCAAAUGAAUCACUCUCGCAGCAAUUUCGGACUGGAGAUCAUCGAUGACAUGAUCUUUGCGAUUGGCGGCUUCAAUGGCGUCUCCACUAUCUCGCACACCGAAUGCUAUGUGGUCGAAACGGAUGAAUGGAUGGAGGCAACUGACAUGAACAUUGUACGCUCAGCGCUGUCUGCCAACAAUGUGGCCGGGUUGCCCAACAAACGCGAUUACAUCCACAAGGAGCGCGAUCGCCUCAUGGAGGAGCGACGUCAGCGUCUGAUGGCCAAUGCAAUGGCCCGCGAGGAUGUUGCCAGUCCGAAUCGCACGCAGUCGAUGGUCGAUAACAAUGAUGCCGAUUUGGAUGAUCUGCACGAUGAUGAUGAUGCGAGUGCCAAUGAGGAUAACGAUAAUGAGGAACUGGAUGCGGUCGUUCUGCCGCUACCAGCACCAGUACCAGCUGGUGCCAAUCCCAAUCGACAGACGGAGAAUCGUGGACCGGAAAAUACGCGGCGCUUUCGGGUGCAGCUGCGUAAUCAUCGCUAUGGCUCGCAUCAUGAGAUCCGCCGUCGCUCGUAGACGUCGCCGACUCCACAGCCGACUCCAAACCCCGGCCUUGACAAAUAACACACACUACUAGAGGAAGUGUUAGCGUGGGCAUAUAGGUACAGCAUUCAUGGUACAGCAAUUCACAGCGUGGCCCACGUCCAUAGAAACCGUAUUUUUUCCAUACUCUUUUUUUUAAAUGACCCUUUCGAUUAACGCACACAUUUCUCGGUUAACCAUUCAAAAAUUAUUAUUGCAUAGCAUGGACCAUUUUUUGGACAUGUGAAUUAACAAAAUUCUGUGAUCGAAAUUGAAAUAGAAGUAAUAUAACAAAAUUAUUUGCACCAUACACAAAAAUUAAUAGAAAAAAAUAAA